AUGACAAGGCUUCUUUCAUCCCCGACACAUAUGCCUGCGUUGUCGCGGAUUGAUCCAUUAACCACGCUGGACGUUGCCAUGCCUGCGGAGCCUCUAUAUCCCGCCUAUCUCCCCGUGAGGCCGGAAGGAUUCACAGCAACACUUGAUGUGCCAGCCUUCGAUGCAGAGGAGCCGGGAUUACGGGCGGAUCCUGAGCUCCCAGACAUACUAUCGUCAAAGGCGGCCCUGAAAAACAUCACGCCGCGUGUCGGGACUGAAAUCCGCAGCCUUCAACUCAGCCAGUUGACGCCAGCAGGGUUGGAUCAGGUGGCCCUUCUGGCUGCUCAGAGAGGCGUUCUUGUCUUUCGAGACCAGGACUUUGCGGAUAUAGGACCAGAAAGGCAGUUGGCCAUUGCCAAACACUUCGGCCCUUUACAUAAGCACCCGACCAUGGGAUAUCCCCAGGGCACUGGUCCAGAAUUCCAAGUGGUGUAUGCCGACGAGACAGUAGGAAAUCUUAGAGAUCUCUUGGGCGAGCGGACAAACUACGAUUUAUGGCAUGUUGAUCAGACCUUCACCCCUAAUACACCUGGCAAUGCCUUCUUCUGGGUUCUGGAGAUGCCCGCAUCAGGAGGAGGUGAUACGGCAUUCACCUCGCUGACCGCGGCCUAUAAAGCGCUCUCACCAACAUUUCGCGAAGGCCUCCACCAUCUGAAGCUCCUGCAUACUAGCGCCAGCGUUGGUGAAAUCGCUCGAGUAGGUCAAGAACGGGCUCUUAAGGAAGCCGUCAAGACAGAGCACCCGCUGGUUAUAUCACAUCCAGUGACGAAAGAGCCUGUAUUGUUUGUCAACCCGACGAUUGCCCGCCAGGUUGUUGGAUAUAAGCCAAGCGAGUCAGAUUUGCUGCUGGGCUUCCUUCAUGAUCAUAUUCGGUCAUUAGACUUUUCCUGCCGAGUAUCUUGGGAGAAAGGGACCGUUGUUGUUUGGGAUCAGAGGACAGUCGCUCAUUCAGCAGUUCCAGACUUCAAAGACGGAGAGCGCCGCCAUAUGGUCCGUAUUAUCUCGUAUGGAAGCCAACCCCAGCCUCUGUAG